UACACGCUGCCAGCAGCUGAUCAGAGUGCCUUUCCAGUCCUCUGCUUGCAGUGAUCGCUUCUCUUACUGGACCUCGCACAGCUUAAGGUUUCAGAGUUGGAGGCUUUCCCCAGUGCAAUCUCAAAGUAAGUGCAGAGAGAGUUUCAAUGAGAACACUUUGGGGUGCCUGACUAGAAAUCCCACAAAGAUGCAAGACAAGGUCAUGACUAUGCCACUAGUCCCUAUUCGGCUGCUCGCUGUGGCCCUCCACCUAGCCCUUUUCAGGACGACCCUCGCUGGGGUGUACUAUGGGAUGAAACAGAUACCCCAGCAGCAGCACCACCAGAUGCAACAGUUACCUCACAUGCCAGUGGGCAAAGAGAGCUUGCCCAUGCAGCACCCGGGCAAGGACAUGUCCCACAUGCAGUACGGCAAGGAGAUCCCAAUGAUACCCCAGUACAGAAAGGAGAUACCCCAGGUGCCUCUGCCUAUGGGAAAUGAAAUGCCAAGGAAAGAUGUUAAAGGUAUUAUCCCGAGGGGUGAGAUGGGCCCCCCUGGAGAACCUGGCCACAAGGGUCUUCCAGGACCACAGGGCCCCCCUGGAAUGCCAGGCCGUGGUUUACCAGGACAACCAGGAAAACCUGGCCCGCAAGGACCCCCAGGAUAUCCAGGCAUUGGGAAACCUGGGAUGCCGGGGUUGCCAGGUCAACCAGGCGGCAUGGGAUUUCCAGGUCCAAAAGGCGAGUUAGGCCCUGGUGGAGAGGGAGGGCCAAUGGGUAUGCCAGGACCACAGGGACUUCCAGGGCCACCAGGUCUGCCUGGGAUUGGGAAACCCGGUGGCCAGGGAUUACCAGGUCAACCAGGGCCUAGAGGCGAGCCGGGGCACAAAGGACCACCAGGGCUGCCAGGAUUGCCAGGGCCGAAAGGUGAAAAGGGCAUUGGUCUGCCAGGGUUACCAGGGCUGCAAGGGCCAGUGGGUCCACCAGGUCAACCAGGUCAAGGCGGUCUCCCAGGGAUAGGGAAACCUGGCCUAAAUGGACUCCCUGGAGCCCCAGGAGGGCUUGGAAAGCCAGGGCCUCCAGGAGAGCCAGGAUUACAGGGACCAGCAGGACAAGGAGGACAACCAGGACCACCAGGCCUUCCCGGCGUUGGUAAACCAGGGCAUGAUGGGUUACCAGGUCGGCCAGGGUUCCCUGGAGGAAAAGGAGAACUUGGUCCACCAGGCUUGCCAGGGGGCCCUGGUUUACCUGGCUAUGGCAAACCAGGUUUUCCUGGGCCAAAGGGAGAACGAGGAAUGGGCGGCAUGCCCGGGGCACCUGGGCCUAAAGGAGAAAAGGGUCAUGGAGGUAUUCCUGGAAUGGUAGGACCCCUAGGAGCAAUAGGUCCACCUGGUCUGCCUGGUCCUAUGGGGCCGCCAGGAGGUGUUGGCUUUCCAGGUCCAAAAGGGGAGGGUGGGGCAAUGGGGCCACAAGGGCAAAUGGGUCCAAAAGCAGAGCCUGGCCCACCAGGUUUGCCAGGCCAACCAGGGUUCCCAGGAGAAGGAGGCCAGCCUGGACAAAGGGGUUUACCGGGCCCAAUAGGACCCAAAGGGGAUAAUGGGCACAAAGGAUUGCCAGGUCCUCCUGGGGCCCCUGGUUUGCCAGGACCAAAAGCAGAAAGUGGAUUGCCCGGUGAACAAGGUCAGCAGGGCCCAAGUGGAAUUCCAGGACUUAAGGGCCCAAGUGGUCCAAUUGGGCCUCCAGGUUUACCAGGACCAAAGGGAGAACUAGGUCUUCCCGGUCAGCCCGGCUUUCCAGGUGUUGGUAAACCAGGACCUCCAGGAUUCCUUGGGCCUCAAGGGGAACCAGGACGCAUUGGACAGCCUGGACAGCCCGGUCAGCCUGGCCAACCUGGCCCUCCAGGGCCACCUGGCCCUCCUGCCCAAGCACCAGGCUUCGGACAAAUCAUGCCGGAGAUGGGUCCAGGCCUGGACGGCGUGAAAACCCCACCCGGGGGCUACAAGAAAGGGAAGCACGGAGCAGUAAUGGGGGAAAAUGAUGGCCUCCUGGAAAUGCCUGCCUUUACUGCUGAGCUAACAUCACCAUUCCCCCAUGUGGGGUCCCCUGUAAAGUUCGACAAACUCCUCUAUAACGGCAGGCAGAAUUAUAACCCCCUGACCGGCCUCUUUACCUGCGAGAUCCCGGGGAUAUACUACUUUGCCUACCAUGUCCACUGCAAAGGUGCCAACAUCUGGAUAGCACUGUACAGGAACAAUGAGCCAGUGAUGUACACAUAUGACGAGUACAAAAAGGGCUUCCUUGACCAAGCCUCUGGCAGUGCUGUGCUCCCGCUCAGGCCAGGAGACAAAGUGUACUUGCAGAUGCCAUCAGAACAGGCAUCAGGACUCUAUGCAGGCCAAUAUGUUCACUCAUCUUUUUCUGGGUAUUUAUUAUACCCAAUGUAAAAAAUGUUUAAAAUGUACACAAUUAUAGAUUUUUAAAGUCAUUUUUUAUACUGUUGAAAGCUACAGUUACGAUUGGACCAUGUCUUACAAUGUCAUGUACGAGUUUAAAAGUUCAUAUAUGCACAGCUUCUUAUAGUCACAGUACUCAGUACAUAUUUACAGUAUCCCAUGAGAAGUAAAACUACGCAAUGCUACCAUAAACUGUACUACAAGUUAACAUUAUACUCUAUUUCAACUGAGAACAUACUUACUGCACAUCUAAUCAGUUGCAUAUUAUCUCACUUUUCAUACAAACUCUUUGUAGAGUCUACAGUACUUCCAAAUUUAAAGAAAGUAAAAUCCCAGAUCCUGUUUCACUGUGAAAAGAUGCAUUUUGGCUUCUGUAGGAAAAAAAAAACAACUGAAAACUCCAGUCAAACUAGAAUAUGGUGAAAAACAUUAAAUGAAAAACUACAUCACAGGGUGGACAUUGGAUAUUUAAUAAUACAUGUAAGCAAGAUUUGUUUUUAAGGCACAAACUGACAGAUAGUAGUUAAAAACAUUCCAUAAAUGUAUAUUGAGAAAAAAGGACAAAGUAUGGGGCUUUUUAAAAAUAAGAAGAAGAAGAAGGAAAAGCAUAGUUUUUUUUUCAAAGACAUUUUGAAGUACAUAGUCCAGUGCAAAAAAAAAGAAAUCCAAAAUA